GCACCGAAGCUGUCUUGCUGUCAAAAAUGGAGGACAACAUGAGAAUUUUCAGGAUGAUUUUCCUAUUUUUUGCAGGUGUCUUGCAAAUCACGAAUGCAGCAGUUCCAGAUUUGGAUGAAAGAUUUCUGGAAAUACACAAGCAAGGGAAAUGGCUAAUAGAGUUUUAUGCCCCAUGGUGUGGUCAUUGUAAGAAGCUUGAGCCAAUAUUUAACAAAGUUCACAACACUCUCAGGAACACUGAUGUAAAAGUUGCAAAGAUAGAUGCCACAAGAUUUUCCUCUGUCUCCUCACAGUUUGAAGUUAGAGGAUUCCCAACAAUAAAAUUUUUUGAUGGAGACAAAAUUCAUAAUUUUCGAGGUGAGAGAACAGCAAAUGAUAUACUCGAAUUUGUAAAUAAAGCAAAAGGACCAUCAGUAAGACGUAUAUCAAGUGUUGGAAAGUUCAAUGAGAUCCGUAGUGAACACUCUGAUGGUGUGUUCUACAUGUAUGUUGGAGAAGACGACCCUUCAAAUGACCUUUUUAGCAAGUAUUCCAGUAUAGCUUCAGAACAAGUUUCACUUGCAUAUUUCUAUUCAGGACCUAAAAAAGCCCUACCUGAGGAUAUGCAAAAAGAUUUAGCUGUGUUGCCCACAGUUCUGGUGUUUAAAGAUAGAACAGUUUAUCAGUAUGAAGCUCCCAAAAGUGUUGCUUCAAUGAGCUCAGUAAAAGGAUGGAUAAAUGGUGAACGUUAUCCAGCAUUCCCUCUAGUCACAGGAAGUAACAUAAAUGAAGUAGCUGAUACUGGAAAAUUUCUCGUUAUUUUUGUCAUCAACCUGAAUGAUCCAGAUACAAAAACUUUAAACCAAAGGAUAAAAGAUGUUGGUAAUUAUUUAGCAAGAAAUGAGAGGGAUAAAUAUCACAGUUAUUUCCAGUUCCUGUGGAUGGAUGAGCCAGGCACUGUAAACAAUAUUAUGUUGGCAUUCAUCAGUAUGCCUUAUGUGAUGGUGUUAGAUCCAACUGUUCAUCUGUAUUACAUUCCUGAAACACCAAUAGAAGAUUUAGAUGCUACCUCGUUAGGAAACUUCUUAAAAAAUGUGAAAGAUGGGAAAGUUCAGGCACAGGGUGGUACAGGAUUUUUCCAGAGAGUGAAAAGAUUGUUCUAUGACAUUCUGGUCACAGUUAUAGAAGUGUGGCAGUCAUCACGCUGGUUGUUUCUUAUCAUGUUUGGUAUACCGACAGCAGUGAUAUCAGUGGUAUGUUACAGUCUGUGUUGUAUGGAUACAAUAGAAGAUGAAGUCCAUAGUGACGACGAGGAUUCUGAUGAAGAAUACAGAGCUUAUGUAAAAGGACAAGGAAAUUCAAAGCAAGUAGAAGACAAGGAGAAGAGAGACAUACCUGUCUCAGGUCAUGAAAAAGCUGAAUGAUGUCUCAAGUGCCUUAGAUAUCAAGAAGUGUUCUCCCAUUUUUGUACAUUUCUGUUUUCCAUUUUUACCACCUUUUAUUGUUAAACAAUUCAUAGUCUUCUACAAAAGUAUUCAUAGUUUCAUGUACUAUUUUUCUGACAUGAUUAUAUUAAGCUGUUCUUAUGAAGUUACAACAAUGUAUAUAUGUAAGCAGAUGUAUUUAUUCUUGUUAAAAGAAAUUGUUAAUUAUUAUAAUUUUCUCUGACAUGUGCAAUGUCCUCGAGUAAUUUGGGCUACUUCAUCUUAAAGACACAAAUUUUGUCAAGUCUUCCACUUAAAUUUCGGUCUUCAGUUUACACCAGAAAAUCUGCAUUUAAAAUAAUCAGAAUUUGAAACAAGGAACACUGAUUAUCUUAGAAAUCACAUAUUUACAAAAUCUGUACAAAGAUGACUUUAAAAAUGCCCCUAUUGAAACAGUUUCAAGUUUUUAAGUUUUUGUUUACACCUGAAAUUAAGAAACAGUUUUUACUGUUUGCAUUGCUCUUUAUUUGACUUUGGGUUCAUAACAAAAGCCAGGAUUGCUUUAAAGAACCCUCUGAAAGCUAAAUCUCUUGAAAUGCUUUGGUCUUAAAGCUACUUGCCCACAGUUUAUUUGAAUUUUUUUCAACAUGUUCGUUUCCAACAAGUUUGGUAUAGAAUGUAUUUAUGACACUGAAGAAUGAUAAAGUGCAUGAAAAUAAAAGUUAGAUAUUGGUAAAAAUGCAAGAAAAAUGUUACUUUACUGCAUUAUUUCAAAAGCAUUGAAAUGGUUUACUACCUUCUACAUAAUAUUUUUGGUUAUUUAUCUUGUAAAAAUCUUGUGUCAGUGUGUACCUCUAGUCACUUUCAGAGUACUCACUUCUUACAGAUUUUUGUGAGAAAAUUUUCGCCUAAAAGUAUAGGUUAGUCCCUUUAAUCGUCUAGAUGUAAAUACUUCAGUCUAAGGCAGCACCAAAUAACUUAAAGUUAUAUUAUGCACAAUUUCAUAUUUUGAAAAAAUGAACACUACAUAGAACUUAUGUAAAAUAUGAAAAUAACUUUUGUGUGUGUGUAAACAGCAUUGUGUAAUAGGUAAAAAUAGCAUACAAUUUAUAUAUACCAGUAGCUAAACACAACAUGAAUAUGUUUUUUUACUAUUAAAGAACUUGCAGUAUUUUUACACUGUUACUACUAGGACUGGGACGAUUACUCGGUUAAUUGGAUCCGAUUUGAUUACUAGGUGAAACCGAUUUCAGUUUUGCAAAAUAAACAAUAAACAUCAUGAAUCUUACUUUAUCUUUAAAUAUUUCUUUUACCAGCACAUUGACUCAUAGUAUAUUUCCUCUAAAACAUAUCAAUCAACAUAAUCAGUAGUCUUGGAUUUGCCUUUCGUGAUAUAUUUAAAUUGAAAUACACCAAAAUAUGACUUACUAAUUAUCAAACUGCUUGCAAACACUGGUCCAUAAGAUCUUAAUGAAGUCAGCUGCUGGAAGUACCUUGAUACAGUCAUCAGGAAAGAAAAGCAUUUUCAAUAUGGCGAAGAUUAACUGGUUCGAUUCCAUUUCAUACAAAUGAUUAACUGGUUUCAAAAUUUUGAAAUCGUCCCCGCCCUAGUUACUACAUGACAUUUAAUUGUCAAAAAAUACCCUUAUACAAAUCAAAAAUGUCUUUGUUGGCUAGUUUUGAAAUUAUGGCAUCAGUUGAUGUACUUUAUGAACAACCCCCGUAUUUGACGAGGAUUUACAAAGUUUAUUUCUAAUGAUAAAAUAUAUUUCAUGAAAGAUGAAAAUAGUGUGUCUUUAACAACUGCAUAUAAACAUAAACUGAGAAAAAAAUAUUUGAAACAAUGUCGUGGGUUUUCUGGUAGGCAGAUUUGGAACAGUAUUCCUGCAGAGAUAAGAAGGUUUAGUAAAUAGAUUUAAAUUGCAUUUCAACAAAUACUUAUCAACAAGUGAUAAGCUAUAAACAAUUUAUUCCAUAGAUUUCAAGUUCACAGUAUGCCUGUCUCAUGUUUAAGAUGAGAUGAUAGCAGCAGUGAACUGUCAUUUUUCAUAAAACUUUUUUUUUUUCUAGAUUAUGUAUGAAAAUUAUUUGGAUGUAUUUUUUUGUGUUAAUAACUAUAUAUGUUCAUUUUAUGUAUCUAUUUUUCAUUGAAAAUAGCUAAAUGUUUUUAUGCCUGGCUGUUUUGUCUUUUUGGCAAGUGUUUUAUCAUUGUGACCUGGGAUUUUUCAGGACUGGUCCUGAUUUCAGGUUUUUGAUUGCCUGAAUUUCCCUAUGUAACUCCUGCAAAAGGAUAUUUCAGGAUUUACAUAAAUUUUACAUAGAUUUUCAGGAUUUUACUUUCUGACCGAGUCCAUGGCCUGAUUAUUAUGAAUGUAAAUAGUGAGGACAAGAAACACCCUGUGUAUCAAUGGCAAUUAAAACUAUCACAAAUGUAGGGUCUCAUUGGCUGAGUGAUUAUGGUUGCUUACUUUGAACAAUAUGCCGCUCACCCCCGUGAGUUCAAAACCUCACUUUGAGUGUAGCUGUCUUUCAUUUGUGGAAGUUGUCCAACUUGCUUGUGAAGGUCAAUGGUUCUUCCCAGGUGCCUGACCAUUCUUGAUGCAAUGCCUUGAGGGACACCUGGGGUCUUCCGCUUCUGUAAGAAGUUUAAGUAUUGCCGUAUGACCUACAAUUGUAUUGCUGUUACAUUAAAUGCCAAAAUUGUUGCAAGAAUGGUCGAUACAGCUGAGACUUCAGGUGUAAUUAUGGGCAAAUACCAAAGCUGUGAAAUUGUGACAUUAAACAACAAAGACCUUAACAAAGUACAGUGUCUUGAUUGAUUGGAGCAUUUAUAGUUUUAAAGCAUUAAACAUUAAUUCUGUAUACUUUUUGAGGCAUGUUUCACUUCAGUUAGUCUGGAAAAGAAAUGAAAAUUUAAAUGAAAGUAGAAAACUGGCAGGCAUCAUGUGUCCUAAAUUUUGGAGGGUUAUGGUAUAUGCACAAAGGCGUGUAUUAAUUAAGGUUGCUAACAGUGAUUGGAUAAUCUGUAAUUUCUUACGCAUUCUAUACAUUCUUGAUGUAACAGAGAGUUGUUGGUACUUUUUCAGUUGAAGUCAGACAGAUUUGUUGAUUUAGGACUGACCCGAGAAACAGCCAGUUAGACGCUGGGGUUCUGUCACAGGCCCCAAAUCUCUGCUUUUUGUUGUUACUGUUUCAAGAAAAUUGUUUUUCUCUCCAAAAUAAAACAUUUCCCGUAUUAUACAAUAUUAAUGUAAACACAACGUUAUGCUGGGUCUGCUAUAAUUCAGCAGAAUACACAUAGAGUCAAAAGUACUUUCUUUAAAAAAUGUCAGCAAAAAGUAUGGAUGUCUGUAGGUGACUUGUGAACAUAUUUUUUCACAACUAUUCAUCAAAAUGGCAUCUAAGAAAUAAACACUGGUUAAUGGUGCCUUACACAAAAGGUUAUGUACAUCAGCCUUGUAAAUGGUGUAUAUAAGAUUGUAUGCCAAAUGUGUGGAAUAUUUUCAGAUGUCACCUUCAGGCUUCCAUAAAAACAGACCAAAGAUGAAAAUAACAGAAUUCUAAAUCAUAGUGUGUAUAAGUAAAGAUUUUGUUUAUUUAUGCUUGUUGUAUAAAUAUUUUGAAUGUUGUUAAUGUUAUAUGUUUUGAUGAAAUAUGUUCUCUUAUUAUUGUUGUGUAUUCUGUUGUGUUUAAGUGACAAUUAUGUAUGUGAUUUUCAAAGGUAUUUGUAAAGUGAUUGCUAUAAACUGUGCAAUAUAUCAGUAGUUCUCUACAUGCAUGCAAGUGGUAUGAAAUAAAAGUCCCGUUUUUCCAUUCCUUUAGAAUAUAUGAUUUUAAAAGAAAAAUCUAGAUCUGUGUCUUUUUGUUUAUAAAUAGAAUAAAAAUAACAAUAAAAGGAAACUGUUUAAUAUGAUACUGUAGAAAUGAUUCAUUUUGCAAUGUGAAAAUGUCAUUUUUGAAUGUUGGCUCUAUAUAUGCACAAAAUUUAGAGUCACCAUCAGUUAUGUUCUCUCGCUUUAAAGCAAACAGAUGAAAUCAUUUUAUCAGUAAGAUUGAGCAGCUUCACAGAGGCAAAAGUACAAUCUUGAAUGAUCAUAUAAUGAUAAUAAUUCCAUUAUACUGGUAUCUGUCAAAUUUACAAAAAAAAAAAAAAUGCAAACAUUUCUGCACGCAAAACAUCUAUUUUCGGCAUUCUGCAAAACUUUCGUAUUGAAAUUUAUUCACUUGCACAGGACUUGUUUUGAGAACACAAAUUAAUACAUACAUUGCUGAUUUCAGCGAGAUUAUGUCCUUAUAUCUGUUGACUCAAUAUCUUCUCACUUUAUCAACGAACAAAAACAACUGCCACUUUCAUUCUUAAUGGCAAACAUCAUCCAUCAUGUGUAGAUUGUUGUCAAGAAAAUACUUUUAGCUGGACUUUUGAAAGAAUAUGUACAGAUAUUGCACCACGUUUUUUUUUGGUGUCAGCAUCCUGAGGAGUUAAGUUUUUGUGUGUAAGCUGGUAUCUUGGUAACCAGAAUUGGGAACUAAAUUAAACUGUACUUACUUGUCCACAGUGAUGAUCUGACAAGCAAUGCACAGCUUCUGUUACAUUUUUUCUUCUUUCACAAAGUAAAGCUCCUUUUUCCUCAUGGCAAUUUUGGUGUAAGAUUUUGUAUUUAAGCUGGUAAGUUGGAAUAUAGUGCUCACCUGAGCCCGAAGUGCUCAAGGUGAGCUUUUGUGAUUGCCCCGUGUCUGUCAUCAACAAUUUGACUGUUAACAGUCUAGAGGUCACAAGUUUGGCCCAAUCUUAAUGAAACUUGGUCAGAAUGGUACCUUCAUUAAAAUCUUAGAGGAUUUUGAUAUUGGGUCAUCUGGGGUCAGAAACUAGGUCACCAGGUCAAAUUAAAGGAAAAGCAAGUUGACACUUUAGAGGCCACAUUUAUGAAUGCAUGUUCAUAAAACUUGGUCAGAAUGUUAACCUUGAUGAUCAGUAGGUCAGAUUCGAAUCUGGGUCAUGUAGGGUCAAAAACUAGGUCACCAGGUCAGAUCAAAGGAAAAGCUUGUUAACACAUUUAUGACAAUAUCUUAAUGAAACUUGGUCAGAAUGUUAAUCUUGAUGGUCUCUAGGUCAAGUUUAAUUCUUGGUCAGGAAGGGUCAAAAUCUAGGUCACCAGGUCAAAUCAAAGGUAAAGCUUGUUAACACUAGAGGCCACAUUUAUAACCAUAUCUUAAUGAAACUUGGUCAGAAUGUUAAUAUUGAUAAUCUUUAGGUCAAGUCAAAUUCUUUGUCAGGUAGGGUCAAAAACUAGGUCACCAGGUCAAAUCAAAGGUAAAGCUUGUUACCACUCUAGAGGCCACAUUUAUAGCCAUAUCUUAAUGGAACUUGGCCAGUAUGUUAAUCUUGAUGAUCUAAAGGUCCAGUUUAAAUCUGGGUCAUGUGGGGUCAAAAACUAGGUCACCAGAUCAAAUCAAAGAAAAAGCUAGUUAACACUCUAUAGGCGACAUUUAUGAUCAUAUCUUAAUGAAACUUGGUCAGAAUGUUAACCAUGUUGAUCUUUAGGUUAUGUUCAAAUCUGUGGUCAGGUAGGGUCAAAAACUAGGUCACUAGGUUAAAUCAAAGGAAAAGCUUGCUAACAUUCUAGAGGCCACAUUUAUGACUGUAUCUUCAUGAAACUUGGCCAGAAUGUUAACAUUGAUGAUCUUUAGGUCUUAGGUUUGAAUCUGGGUCAUGUGGAAUAUGACCUACUGACCUACCUUUUUUUUUUUAAGACACAGGCUUGAAAUUUGGAUGACAUGUACAAUUUUGCACACUGAUCUUAAACUGACCUUAGUGACCACGAAUGUGACCUACUGACCUACUUUCUUGUUUUUUAAGGUACAGCCUUGAAAUUUUAAUGACAAGUACAGUUUUGCAGACUGAUCUUAAAACUGAAUUUCAAUGAUCAUGAAUGUGACCUACUGACCUACUUCCUUGUUUUUUUGUUUUUUUUUUUAAGAUACAGGCUUGAAAUUUGGAUGAAUGUACAGUUUUAACUGACUUUCAUUGACCAAGAAUGUGACCUACUGACCUACUUUCUUGUUUUUUAACGUACAGCUUUGAAAUUUUGAUGACAUGUACAGUUUUGCAGAAUACAUCUUAAAACUGAAUUUCAGUGAUCAUGAAUGUGACCUACUGACCUACUUCCUUGUUUUUUUUUUUAAGAUACAGUCUUGAAAUUUGGAUGACAUGUACAGUUUUGCACACGGAUUUUAAAACUGACUUUCAGUGACAAUAAAUGUGACCUACUUUCUUAAUAUUUCAGCAUCAGUUUGACAUUUGAAACAUGUAGCUCAUAUUACUCAGGUGAGCGAUCCAGGGUCAUCAUGACCCUCUUGUUUCUUGAAAUGAUCACAAGUUAUAACAAUGCUUUUGUGCUUUUUGUUGAGCCCACUUGUGGUGAGCCCGAUAUAGUCGUCACUUUUGGCAGGCCGGUGUAAUGUGCCUACGUCUGUCUGUGGGUGCAUCCAUCCGAUUUUUUCUGGACCAUAACUUUGACAUGCAUUGACCAAUCUUGACUAUAUUUGGCAUGAACGAGAAGGAGUGUCAUGCGCAAACCCCUUGUUCCUAUCUAAAAGUUUAAAGUCACAGUUCGAGGUCGAAGGUCAAAUUGAAGUUUGUCCGGACCAUAACUUUGACAUGCAUGGACCAAUCGUGUUUAUAUUUGGCAUGAAUGUUAACCUCAAUGAGAAGGAGUGUCAUGCACAAACCCCAUGUUCCUAUCUCAAAGGUCAAGGUCACAGUUGGAGGUCAAAGGUCAAAUUGAAGUUUGGAGCAUUUCUUCUUCAUGCAUGGUGGGAUUUUGAUGUAACUUGGGAUGAAUGUUCACCAUUAUGAGACAGAGUGUCAUGCCCAAAAACCAGGUCCCUAGGUCUAAGGUUAAGGUCACACUUAGAGGCGAAAGGUUCUGGCGGGCUCAACAUUUUGCCUGUGGGCAUGCAGAAUGUAUUUCUAGUUUAAAAUGUUAUGCCACUUUUUCCAUCGAGCAAUUCUUGUAUAAGUUGUGUAUGCAAGUUGGUUUCUCAUUUUGCAUCAUAAGAGAAGGUUCUAUGACUCUUGCUUACAACAGAAGCAAAUUAGUUGUUUUUAUGUUUGUAACAUUGUGUUCAUGCAUAACACCUGUUUGUGAUAAGGCAUGAAUAGUGGAGCAUUCCUGCUGUAAACAGCUUUUAUACAAAAGGGCCAUAAUUACUAUGACUCCUAAAUGUAGUAAGGAAGACAUAUUGAUUAAGUGCUGUCAGUCUCUCAGCCUGUAUGUCACAAAGUUUGUCCAAACAACUUCUCCAACACCUACAUGCUGAUUUGCACCAAAAUACACUCAGUUGGGCACCUUUGGUUUCUCUCCACCCUUCAAAACUUGGGGUUGCCAGAUGUUUUAGUUUGACACGACAAAUACAAAAGAAACAAACAAAUACCUAGACAGUGUAUUCUAUAGCAUUUAUGUGUUAAAUGACUAUAUACGAGCAGUGAAAGGACAAUUUGGAACGUAAAACCAGCAUUUAAUUUAGUCUAUAUUGUCCUGUAAAAUGCCAGUCUUAACCUCUCUAGUAGAAUUAAUUGACAUUUAAAUCUCUCUUAUCUUAGAUUCUUCAAGAAAAGAAUUUUCAGAGAAAAUUUCACUGUUGGUUUGAAGAAAAAAGCAGAUAUAAAAGAUUUCUUAUUGCAAGUUGUGUCUACUGAUGAUGAUUUGCUCAUUUAUCAAACCAUUCUUUUCUGUCUUAGAAAUUGGAAAAUCUCUAGUAUCAGAUUUAAUCCCUUGGUUCUGGGUAAAUGAAUAUUUGACUUGCCAAACAAAAACAAAAUUUUGCUGGCAGCAUUGUUAUCAGUAAUUAAGAUAAUCCUUGCUGUGAAAUAUUGACUUUAAAAUCUUUUAAAACAGAAUACAUCUAGAUUUAUGUUAAAAUACAGCAAAUCCUGUGAACAGCAUAGCAUGUGGGCAACAACAGAAUGCCCUUAAUGUACUGAUACAAUUUUUAUGGGGAAAGGGGAGAGGUGGCAAAGAUCUAUGAUUUUAGUGUAAUAAUCAAGUUCUUGAUGUAUAUGUAUUUUAGAUUUUGAGGACAGAUCCAGGAUUGGUUUUGGGUAAGAUGUGAUAAAUUUAUAAACAGACAUAAUAUCUGAUCAAUACCCAUGGCAGUCUUGUGGCUUAUCAGCAGUUUAAACAA